CCCACACCUGAACCAUCAUCAUCCCCUUCCUCUCUAUUCUAGGGUUUAUUUUUUGGGGGGGUGCCCUUCCCUGCCCUGCCGCCAACUCCCUUACCAUUAUUACCCCCCACCAAAAACAAUAAGCCAAGAGAUUAAAGAGAAAUCCCUCAUCAUCCUUCUGUGCAGGUGAGACGAGAGGGAGGGCUCCUCUUUUUCUUUCUCUCUCUUUCAAGGGGCUGAAGAGAAAAAAACACUUCCUCCUCAACUGCUUCAACUCCCCUCUCUCGCUUACUUCUCCCCAUGCAUUCCGAGACCUCAGCUCUCCCUGCUGCUUAACUGCCCCUCUUGUUUACCGUAAUUACGUUUCGACCCCUUGUCGGCCAAAGAGUGGGACGGCGAUGCGUGGCGCCACCGGCGGCGUACGGCCGCCGCCACUGCCCCGAUCACCCUUACCUCCUCCUCCGUAACGGUUUGCAUUCGCCUCCCAAAGCUCCGCUCUUCGAUGGCCGGAUGGCCUCUCGCCUCGGCGGGCGUCUCCCUCGACGUCGUGGAGAUCCUCCGCAAGCUCCAAAGCAUCGGGUUCUGUUCCGAUCUCGAUGUACCUGGCUCGGAGACUGGCUGCGAGAAGUGGAGCGUUCUGUUUGAUCGGAUCCUGUCGGUUUUCUCGAAGGAGGUCGAUCGGAGGGGCGGGAUCCGCCCGCUGCCGGCCAUGGUCGGCACUGGGCAUCGCGUGGAUUUGUUGAAGCUCUAUUCCUUGGUGCAGGAAAUGGGUGGCUGCGACCUGGUGACGGAGAACUGCGCGUGGGCGUCGGUGGCGCAGGCGCUUGGGUUGGAGUUGGGGUUUGGGUCGUCGUUGAAACUGGUGUUCUUUAAGUACUUGGAUGUGGUCGACCGGUGGUUGCAGAGAGUUUCGGGGAAGAAGGUUGCAGGGAAACGGUCUGGAUACAAGAAAUUACGUCUUUUGGGUGUCGGAGAGGGUUGUGGAGCAAUUACAGAUCAUAAAAAGGCGGAUUGUCAGUCUCCAGUUCCUUUGGGUUCCAAGAAAGAUCAGUUCCUUUCACCACUCAAGGGCAGCGGGUGUAGGUCGCAACUCGAUACCGAUGGGAAUGAUAAUUGUGACGUUCUCAUCUCGGAAGCAAGCACAGUUGAUGGAGGAGGAUUAAAUCAUCUCAAGAGGAAGCGGGAUGAUUUGGUGGGGAUGCUUGAAUGGGUGAGAAAUUGGGCGAAGAAUCCUGGCUACUGUUCUGGUGGGAAAUUUAUGGCAAGUGACAGAGGAAAAGUCAAGGGUCUUGCAAGUAGUGAGCACUAUGCUCAGGUACUUCUGGCCAGGCAAGCUGUGUCUCAUAGAAGAACUCGCCGAACAUUCUCUCAAGCAACUCAUCAUCAGAAUGGAUUCCACUCCAUUUGUGAGAAUGGUAAUGGUACCAUUUCCCAUGAGGAAACAAAAUGCAAUAAAAAAUCCAAAUCAAGAACUUGUCAUCAAACAUUCUGUCUUCAUGAAGAUGACAUGGACAACAAGGGUCUGAUGGCUGCAGGUGAGGAAAGCAAUGAUGUGAAACAUGGGCUUCAGAAUCCCUGCUUAGAUGCAAUAGCUGAUUGGCUUUCUAGCGGUCCACCCCAUGUGAAGAUACCUGUAGGCAGACAAUUUCAAGCAGAGGUACCAAUUUGGACUGGCCAGCCUUCUGUAUCUACUACUGGUUCUGAUGAUUUCAAAUGGUUGGGUACCAGGAUCUGGCCUCCUGAAGGUCAAGAGAACGCACCAUUUGAUAAUGUUGCUAUAGGAAGGGGUAGGCAAGCUAUCUGUCAAUGUGAAUGGCCAGGUUUUGUAGAGUGCACUAGGUUUCACAUUGCUGAGAAAAGGCUGCAAUUAAAACGUGAACUGGGUCCAGCUUUCUAUGUUUGGGGAUUCCGAAGUAUGGGUGAGGAGGUCGCACUUUCAUGGACAGAGGAAGAAGAAUGUAAGUUCAAGGCCAUUGUUCAUUCGAAUCGGCCAUCUCUUGAUAAAAACUUCUGGAACAAGCUUUAUUUGUAUUUUCCUCUCAAGAAGAGGAAAAAUCUGGUGAGCUAUUACUUCAAUGUGUUUCUUGUUGGGCGCCGAAGGUACCAGAACCGUGUGACACAUAACAGCAUUGACAGCGAUGAUGAGGAUAUGGAAUUUGGCUCUGUAAGCACUUCUUUUGGCCAAGGGGCAGUUAAAAUCCAUGAUUCAGUUUCUGUCAUCUGUGCUCAGAAUAUGCAAUGUAUGGAUCUAGAUGGAUAAAUGCGCAAAGAGGGUGGUCUUAUUGCUUUACCAUCUUUACCAUGGUGAUGAUGAUGAAAAUCUUCUGCAAGGCAGCCUUUGUUGUGCAUUACUGUGACUGUACCUGCAGAGGUUUUAAUGGACAUGGCGUGCGCUCCAUCGUUGUUGAGGUUGAUACAUAGAGAAAGAGAGAGAGAGAGAGAGAGAGAGAGAGAGCAGCAAUGUGGAUACUCGAUGCAUUGGGUAGUGGCAAGUUGACAGCACCUUGUACAUUUUGAAGAUAGGAACUUGUUUUUACUGAUCUGUUUUGUCAUAUUUCUGAUCCAGAAAUGCUUGGAGGAAAGUAGAAAGUAUGGAGGAUGAAGUUAAGCAAUUGAAAAUGUGUUGUAGCUGAGCAUAUUUCAUCUGUUGUUGAAAGACUUCUUUUUCUUUUUCUUUGUCCGGUCAGUGGUGCAAGUCGCCUUUAAUUUUCAUUGCAAUCAUUUAUG